UCAUCGAGAGUUAAGUUAAGUUAUCUGUUAAAACAAACCGACUAGACUGGACAGAGGAUUUUCUACUAAAAGACCGACGGCAUGAAGUGGCAACCGGGUUUUCUUGUUUAUGUAACUAGUGACGCGCGUGCAGUCCAUCCGUGUCUGUUGGUCACCGGUCGACCGGAGACCUAACGGCAACUCGAAAUCGUUUUCUCGGCCGACUUUGUAGCUCGUUUCUAGAGUCGCGGCCCCCUCCCCGUCGGACAUUAUAUUUCGUAUUUGGUAUUCCGAAUUCCAUAUUCGUGUUAACGUUCGCGGUCGCCUUCGCCCUUGCUUUCGCGGAUCGCGGCUCGCGGUUCGGGUUCGCGUUCGCUUUCGCAUCUUCGUUUCAUUUUUUUGUCCCCCCCUCAUAUUUUCGCACCGAUCGAUCGCCGGCAUCGACCGUGUCGGAUCGAUCCUCCGUGGCGAACCUUACGAUCGAAGGAGACUGCGCCCACGGCGCAUCGGACCAAGGAACAUGGACGACGAGACUAUCAAGCUAUUCAAAGACAAGGCCGUGUAUGGAUACGGGACCAGCAUUCCGCCAAACAAUAACGAUCCCGAGGAAAUCGCACCGACGUCCCCUAGGCAGGUGAUCUUUUGCGUUCAUGGGAAACUUUCCGGCUGCUGCACGGUCGUGAAAGGCGGCGGCGGUGGUCCAGUCGACGAAAUGACAACUUCCGGUUACCGAAAACAUCCUUCGAUGAUACCGGACGACCAUUGCCACAGGGAAAGAAACGAGGAGAUCGAUAAGAAAGCAAGAAAGAAAUUACUGAUCGCCAGUACGCUGUGUGUAAUUUUUAUGAUCACAGAAAUCGUAGGUGGAAUAUUGUCGCAUAGUUUAGCCAUAGCGACGGAUGCUGCGCAUCUACUGACCGAUUUCGCGUCGUUCAUGAUAUCGUUGUUCUCGAUAUGGGUCUCGAGUCGACCAGCAACUAGGAAAAUGCCGUUCGGAUGGUAUAGAGCGGAGGUGAUCGGUGCUCUGACCUCGGUACUAUUGAUAUGGGUGGUUACCGGAAUUCUGUUCUAUCUGGCAGUAGAGAGAAUCAUCCACCAGGACUUCGAACUGAAUGCCACCGUGAUGUUGAUCUCUUCCAUCGUUGGUGUCGCGGUAAAUCUAGUAAUGGGCCUGUCGUUACACCAGCACGGCCACAGCCAUGGCCACAGUCAUCAGGAGGAAUACGCGCGGUCGAAAUCGAGCCAGCUCGGAAACCUGGAAAACCAAACGGACGUCCACGAAGCUCAUGAUCAGGACAAGAGCAACAUCAACGUGCGUGCCGCCUUCAUUCAUGUUCUUGGAGAUUUCAUUCAGAGCAUAGGCGUCUUCGUCGCGGCGGUGAUCGUUUACUUCAAGCCAACUUGGAAGAUAGUGGAUCCAAUUUGUACUUUUCUAUUCUCGCUUCUGGUCAUAUUGACCACGGUUGCCAUAAUCAAGGACGUGAUGAACGUCUUGAUGGAAGGAAUUCCGAAGGGAUUCGAUUACUCGCAAGUCGAGAGCACGUUUAUGAAUAUCAACGGCGUCGUCAAAGUACACAAUCUUCGCAUAUGGGCGCUUUCUCUGGACAAAACCGCGUUGUCCGCGCAUCUAGCGAUAAAACCAGGUACGAGGCCUCAGGACAUAUUGCGCAUCGCCACGAGGAACAUCCAUGACAAGUACAGAUUUUUCGAGAUGACCCUACAGAUUGAAGAAUUCGACGAGCAAAUGGAGAAUUGUAAACAGUGCAAAGCGUUGCCGCAGUGAUCGUUUCUGCGAUUAAGUUUGCCUGACCAGAAUCCGCCAAUUUGGGCAGCGUGCGUGCUGCCUUUCGCCACAGUCCUCGCCAGCGUGCUUCCAAGUUCGAACUUAUUCCUUAAAACGACCGCUAAUCGGAUAUACGAGGCAUAAAACGUGUUCGAUAAGUGCGAACCGUAUGCCUGGAAACAUACCCAUUCUACUGAUCGUGCCUUCUCCGUUUUUUACGUGUUCUCGCGCCAAUCUCCGAACUCGUCACGCGCCAGUAUAAGUUGUUUAUUUUAACAGUGACUCUCCGUGAACAGAGUUUCGACUAAAUGUUCAGAACACGCGGAAAUUUCGCAACGAAAGCGAAAACGAUUGUUGCAGGAAAAGGUAGCAAAACAUGAAAGAAACGAACCUUUACGAAAUAA